AUGGAGGUUCUUGUGAAGCGGACGGGGUCACUUCAAUUCACGGAGCAUGGACAACUGAAGUACUUUGGCACCACUUCCAAUGUGCACUUUCUGAAAACUGCAAUCCCAUUCCAACCAACCUUACAAGGAGGCAGAUAUGAUGAGACGCCUGAAAUGUGGCUUGAACGAGCUGGUUUGGGUCAGAUUGUCCCUCGCGAGAUGGAGGACCAUCUAAUCAAGUUAUACUUCACGUGGGAAAACCCGUACUUCAAUGUAGUAGACCAGAAAGCUUUUAUGGACGCUCGAACGAAGGCAAUCGCCGAUCGUGAGGCUGGGAAGGUUACCAAAUCAUCCUGUUACUCGGAAUUGCUUGUCAAUGCUAUGUGCUCAUGGGGAGCGCUCUUUACAGAUCGAGACGCCCUUCAGAACUCGGUCUCGCUCCACGACCUGUUCAUACUCCGAGCCCGAGCUUUGCUAGAUCGUGAUAUCGACAACCCAACAAUUGCAACUGUUCAAGCGCUAGCUAUGAUGAGCGGUAGUGAAGCAAGUAAAGGUCGAGAUUCUCGAGGUUGGCUCUAUGAUGGUAUGGCAGCACAGCUGGCUCAUCAUCUCGGUUUACACCUUGAUGUGGAGCAUUACGUCCAGUCAAACGACAUAUCUCGCGAAGAGGCUAACGCGCGAAGCACGGCCUUCUGGGGAACAUAUAUCAUCAACACCGCAUGGAGCUACUACCUCGGACGACUGUCAAUCCCUAUAUCGGGUGCCAGCCGUAUACCGGUUCGCAAGCCUACUGGAAAUUAUCCUCGGUCCCCCUUGUACUGGGAAAACUAUACGGAUCAGCACAUGUUUGGUUUGACUCGAUAUGUUGAACCACUGCCAGCCAUGUGGGAGCACCAAAUAAGACUCUGUUACAUAAUGGAACGUCUUCAAAAGGCAUUUUACGAUAAGAAGACGGGCUCCAUAUCUCAGUUACGGGCGCACACGUCCUCGGUAACUAGUGCCCUUGAUGCGUGGCUUUUGGACCUCCCCCUUGAGCUCGUUAUCGAUACUGAGAAUACAUCUGCGAUCUACUUGCCACAUGUCUUAGUCCUACAUGCACAAUUUCAUGAGGCUAUGAUUUUCGCCAAUCACCCCUUCAUCACCUCGAAAAUCUCAUGGACGGACUCGCGUCGCAGAUAUCUAGAGGCUGCUAAGACAACUACCAGAAUUAUAGCAACUUACAAACGGCUGUGGUCACUCAGACGCAUUAAUAUCCAGGGAAUUCACCCAAUGUUUACCGCAGCCAUGGUUCAUUUGUAUAUUGCUUGCACCUCCAAAGGUCACGAAGAAUUCAACGUGGCGAUCUCGGACCUCGAUAUUUGCUGUGAAGCUAUGAAAGAUGCAUCCAAGGCAUUUGACCUAGCGGCUUGGCAGCUCCGCUCUGUACACCGUGUGUGUCAGAUCUGGUACGAUAUGCUGGAAGAUCAGAGUCUUGAAUUGACAGCGGAGGUUGUUGGUCGGCUCCGAAAGACUGAGCGAUGGAGGGCGAUCCAGCAUGUUAUCCAAAGGUCUAUGGUGUGGACGGCUUUUGACCCGGCUGUUGAAGAGCAGAAUCCUUGGUUCAGUAGUUGGAUGGAAAUGCAAGAAAUGGCGGGUGUAGACCCAUUCUCAGUCGGGUCUGCUUAG